AUGCACUCUCAUUCAAGUUUCUCCAGCAACGGCUUCCAACUCGCGAUGAUCACCAACUGUUUCCUGUCUCUUAUCCUCGCAACCGCUGCUGCUGCUCGGACGUUCACCGUAAAAAACAGCUGCUCGUAUACGGUCUGGCCGGCGAUUUUCACGGACCUUAACGUGGGCAGCGCGAUCCCCAACCAACCAACUGGAUGGGAAGCCCCGCCAGGAUCGUCUGUCUCCUUCUCCGUCCCGGACAAUUGGCAAUCAGGGAGAAUUUGGGGCCGCACAAAAUGCAACUUUUCCGCCAAUCCUGGGCCGAAUUCGUGCGCCACUGGUGGAUGCAACGGCGGGCUACUCUGUGAUCCUCAUACUGGCACUGGUGUCCCCCCGGCGACCGUGGCUGAAUUCACCCUCUCUGGCAGCGGCAACCAGGACAACUACGACGUUUCCCUCGUCGAUGGAUUCAACAUCCCCGUUGAGAUCACCAAUAAUGUCGGCUGUGGCGUGCCGUCGUGUCGCGCUGACCUCAAUCCCAACUGCCCUGCCCAGCUCCGGCGCACUGACGCUGGCGGCAAAGUUAUCGGAUGUCUGAGCGCCUGUGCAGCGAACCUCGACGGAAACCCAGCCGAUUCACCCAAUUGCUGCACAGGCUCCCACAACCUAGCCGCCACCUGCCCCGCCUCCGGGGUCGCCGAAUACGCCUACUUCAAGGGCGGCUGCCGCGACUCGUACGUAUACGCGUAUGACGAGGGCAGCGGCACUGCCCUGUGGUUCUGCGAUGCAAACAAGAAAGCCAAUUUCGUGGUCACUUUUUGUCCUUGA